CGAGGAAGCCGUUUAGAUCGUAGCUGGAAAGGAGAAGUUGAGAUUACAGACAUCCCGCCAGAAUGAUUUCUGCAAGGCCCAGACUUGUUGUACCUUAUGGCCUCAAGACUCUGCUUGAGGGAGUUAGCAGAGCCAUACUCAAAACCAAUCCACCAAACGUCACCCAGUUUGCAGCAGUUUAUUUCAAAGAACUUAUUGUGUUUAGAGAAGGAAAUAAUUCUCUGGAUAUAAAAGAUCUUGUUAAACAGUUUCAUCAGAUUAAAGUGGAGAAGUGGUCAGAAGGAAUGGCACAAGAGAAGAAACCAGAAUGUGUGAGAGAGCCAGAAAGAACAUCUACAGUUUCCCAAGAACCUAAAUGGAUGGAAAAAUCUACGGACACAGAGGAGGACAACAUAACUGCACCGCAGUUUAGCAACAAAACCACGCAGUUCCCGUCAGUUCAUGCUGAGCUGCUCUCAGAGCCUGAGGACGCGCCUGACGUACCUCGUGCUCCUUUGAAACCGACCGCCCCUGAGAAUGCCACCCCGCCCUCACCGCCGUCGCCAGCAGCCGCCUCACCCGAGCUGGCCUAUGUCCCUGCUGACCCAGCUCAGUUUGCUGCUCAGAUGUUAGCAAUAGCAGCAAGCGAAGCAGGACAACCACCACCAUAUUCUAACAUGUGGACCCUUUAUUGUCUAACUGAUAUGAGUCAACAAAGUCGCCCAUCACCACCACCUGCACCUGGGCCUUUCCCCCAAGCAACCCUCUAUUUACCUAAUUCUAAGGAUCCACAGUUUCUGCAGCAUCCACCAAAAGUUACUUCUCCAACUUACGGGAUGAUGGACAGCAAGAAGACCAGUGCCCCACCUUUUAUUUUAGUGGGCUCAAAUGUUCAGGAAGCACAGGAUUGGAAGCCUGUUCCUGGACACGCUGUUUCCCAGUCAGAUGCCUUGAAGAGAUACGCUGCAGUGCAAGUACCCAUUGCUGUUCCUGCAGAUCAGAAAUUCCAGAAACACACCCCCAAUCCCCAGAAUGCUAAUCCUCCUACAAGUGGACAAGAUGUCCCCAGACCACAAAGUCCAGUUUUUCUUUCUGUUGCUUUCCCGGUAGAAGAUGUAGCCAAAAAAUGUACUUCCUUUGGAAGUUACGGUAUUGCUGGAGAAAUAACUGUGACUACUGCCAAUGUUCGCAGAGCAGAAACUUAAAACUGGCAGGUGCCGAAGAUGACACUGUUUGAGCUGACCUUCAAGGUGGAGUCUGCCACCAAGCGUAAUAUAUCAAUAAACUUCAUGCAAGCAU